GUUCCUGGGUGCUGAUUGGCUCAGCAACAGAGCGCAGAAUUCAAUUCCGCUUUGUGUUAACCAGGAAAUCUUGUCUCGCUCAUUCAGCAUCAAUGUGUUUCACUGUGUAAAGAGUUCAUUUUCUUCAAUGAGCUGCUUGAUGCCCACUCCGAGAUGCUGAGCGACGAAGAUUUGGCCGAGAUGACCAAGUCAGUGAGCGAGGAAGAUAAGGAACAACAGGACCCAGCAAAGGAAGAAGAUGCCGGCAUAACUCUCGAGCGUCUCGUGACCAUUCUACGAAUGGCAAAAGAUCUUCAGAUAUCGGUUGAAGAAUGGGACCUGCAAAUGAUUCGUUCUUCGCAAUUUAGAAAUGCUCUUGACGACACUACAGAAGUAUAUAAAAACCUCCUUACACAAAUGAAAAAGCAGCGCCAGCAACUGCCUGUCGUGAUGUUCCUUACCCUCAAAACACCGCCUAGUAUGCCUUCAGUGGAAGAAGAAACUCCAGACGACAACGGCUGUGCUACACAGUCUCCUGAAGAGGCUCCUUUUGAAGAGCUGUUUGUUAAAAUUAAACUCAUCGUUAUCGGACAAGGCGUCGUGUCAUUGUUGGCAAUCCCUUUACAACAAACCCAGAAAUGUGAUCACACACAGUAUGAAAAAUAUGGAAAAUGCUGUAGCAAAUGCAAAAAAGGAGAGUAUAUGACGAGCUGGUGCACAGAAACCUCUGAAACAAAGUGCCUACCAUGUGGAUUACAUGAGUACCAGGAUGACUGGAACACAGAAGCAGCCUGCAUACCACAGAUAUUCUGUGAUAAAGAGAAAGGUUAUCAGGCAUCGGAACCAGAAACAAAUACAGCAGCCUUGAAAUGUGUGUGCAUGCCUGGCUUUCAGUGUUUACGUGUCUACUGCGAGUUCUGUGUGAAGGUGAAAGUGUGCUCCCCUGGAUAUGGAGUGCAAAAUUCAACCUCUCUUUGUAAAAAGUGUCCACAAGGCUUUUUUUCCAACGUUUCUUCAGCCACAGACCCUUGUAUGCCCUGGACUGACUGCAAGAAACUUGGAAUGGUUACAAAGCAGCCUGGAAAUGCAACCAAUGACGUAGCGUGUGAUCAUGAUGAUUCAAGGAACUGGAUAUUAUGGGGUUCUGUGUUAAGCACAUUGACUUUGUUGAUUGCAGUGCUCCUUAUUGUAUUGCUGGUAUGCUACAAAGAAAGGUUUAAAAAACUUUAUGAAGACCUUCGAAUGUAUGUUUCAAGUGUGCAGAACACUGCAGAAACACCAGUCCAGACAUCUAUUGAAGAAGUUUUUGUUGACCACUCUUUAGAUUCCAGCCAGGAAACUCCACUUUUGCUUCAAACCUGUGAGAACAAUGAAACAGUUAUUGUUAACAAUUGCUUAAAUGGAACACCACAGCACAGAAAUGUCAACCAACCUGAGUCCGGCCAGUCUAAUGUGACUGAGAACGAAAGGGAACCCAACAGUAGGACAUCUGAGCCAGAAGAAGUUGGAGACUGCAGCUGUGUGUCUUCUUUAAAAGGGCCAUUAGAGCUUGGAGAAAAUGAGCUCAAUCAGUUGUAUACACAUCAGAAUUGCUCCUGUGGGACAGACAAUGCUAACAAUGAAUUUCGAUCCUUACAAGAGGUUUGCUAUUGCAGCAUUUGCUGUGGAAAUAUAAGUAGCAGCGUGAACUGUGGAGAUAAAUGCAGUUCUGGCCAGGCCACUGACUCCUGCCAGUCCUGUGAAAUGGACUCCACGUUGCCUGCUAAAGACCAUGCUACCUUUCAGACUCGGAUAGGCAAUGCAGCCUCUGAUAUAAGACACAAUCUGAAUUGCAGCUGCAGCAUGGACACUACAAAUGAUUCAUUUGAUUCCUUUUGUAUGGGAGUUAAUUUAGAAGAAAAUAGUAAACAGGACAAGGAAAACGAAGACAGCACCAAAGCUGCUGGAGAUUCUUCACCAGUAUCUGGUAAUGUGAUGGGGAACAAUAACACCACAUUUAUUUCAAAUGGGAAGGUGAUGAACUUUAGUGGAGAAGUGAUUUUUGUGUAUGUCAGUCAAAUGUCACAGAAUGGCAGUGAAAGGACAGAAGAGGAUAUUGGUUCUCCUGUACAAGAAGAAAGUACUGACAGAAGCUUUCAAGGAGAAGAUAAACAAGCAUACAAUCACAUGUCAGAAGAAAAUAUUUCCUAUCCUUUACAGGAGGAAACCUUGCAUAGAAACGAUAGGCUCCCUAUUCAGGAAGAAAGCAAGGAGUGGACGCUACAGAGUUGUGUGUAAAUACUGUCCUCUGUCUGGAACAGAUGUGACUGAGACGGCUUUGCUUUCAGCUUCUUGAGCAAAAUGAUUCAUCUGUGUCAACAAGAAGAGAGGAAGCUUAUUGUAAAAAUGGAUAUCGGCAAUAAUAUUUAUUUAGAAAAGCACUGAUGUAACCAAUAGUUAGACAAAUCCAGCCUUUUUUUGUGAGGCCUGGUGAGCAUCAUUGCAACAAAUUGACUGAAGGGACUGAAGAAGUCAAUUAGAUGCUGAGCAUUUAAUUAGACAGAAUUAUCUGACUCUGCAAUUCUCUCUUAUUUUUGUAGUAUCAAACUGGAAAUGCCAAUAUGGAAUAAUAGUCAUAAGUGGAAUGCUUCAUGAGGAGUUAUUUUUGUAUGGUCUUGAAGGACAAUGUAACCAAAUUAAAAGCUAAACGUUCACCUCUGAUGGGAAGUACAGUAACUUAAAGUAAGAGUAUGCUAAUGUACUUUUUGUAAAUUUAUAUAAUUAAUCUAACUUUCAGAUAUGGCAGCAUCUUUUUAAGUUAUCCAGACACCUCCUUGCCUAUUGAGUUACUGAACUUGGGAUUUAAAAAAUGUUGUGUGUAUUUAAAAUAAAAUGUGUUCUAUUAAUUAA